AUGCCCUCCAACAUUCCCCCAGAUGCCAAGGUCAGAAUGGCAAACGACCUCCGCGCAGCAGUCCGCGAGCUCAGAGACAGGGGGCUCAUGGUAGCAGCAAAAUGGGCUUCAGAGCUCCUCGCCUCCUUACCGAAAGAAUACCGCUCAACACCCAACCUCGUCUUUUCACCCCCGCCCCAGAUGUCUUCCUUGCCUCCCCGGUCACCUCCGGGACAUGCGAGACCUUCGAUAGGUGAUUUCCUACCCUCACCUGGUCCUGGUGCCUUCUCGGGGGGUGUAAAGGGGCCUGGUACGAGGGGGCGGACGAUGCACGGGAUAGAGAUUGAGGAGGAGCUGGAUAUACUGGAUGAAGACGAGUUUCAAUUAGCGAGGGGUUAUUUCGAUUUGAAAGAGUAUGAUCGGGUGGUGUGGGUUUUGAGGGAUGCAAGGGGUAAUCGAGCGAGGUUUUUGAGAUACUACUCCAUGUACUUGUCUGCAGACAGGAAAGCCCAAGAAUCCCUCUCCCAUUUCCUCGAUACGAAAGAAGAACGGACAGCGCUCUACCCCGCCAUAUCUGCCCUCCUGUCCGAACUCAAAGAUGAGACCGACCCUUACCUCACUUACCUCCGCGGUUUGUGUUAUAUGCGGCUAGACCGUAAACCGCCUGCGAUGAAGAGCUUGAUGGAGAGCGUGCGGGCGAAACCUUAUAAUUGGAGUGCUUGGAGUCAGAUGGCGCAGUUGGUGUCUUCUGCUGAUAUGUUCAUUUCACUGAAAGAAGAACUUCCUUCAACGCCAAUGCUCACAUUCUUCGCCAUAUGCUGUAUGCUGGACCUCCAUACGGCGACAGACUUGGUCAUGAGCAUGAUCAAAGAGCUUCUCGAAGUCUUCCCUGCGAGUGUACACCUCAAAGCCCAGCGCGCUCUGGUCUACUAUCACAUGCGAGAUUUCGAAACAGCAGAAAGAGAAUUCGACAAUGUCCAAAAACUCGACCCAUACCGCAUGGAAGAAGUCGACAUCUACUCCAACAUGCUCUACGUUAUGAACAAGCAAGCCAAGCUGGGCAAGAUUGCGCACGAGUAUGCAGAGAUAGAUCGGAAUAGGGCGGAAGUGUGUUGUUUGAUCGGGAACUAUUAUUCUUCGAGAUCAGACCAUACCAAGGCUAUUACCUACUUUAAACGAUCUCUCAUGCUGAAUCGCGAGUAUCUACCGGCAUGGACGCUCAUGGGGCACGAAUUUGUCGAGCUCAAAAACUCUCAUGCCGCCAUCGAAGCCUACCGCAAAGCCAUCGACGUCAACGCCAAAGACUACCGCGCGUGGUAUGGCCUCGGCCAAGCAUACGAGCUCCUCGACAUGCCCAUGUACGCCAUUGAAUACUACAACCAAGCCACCUCCCUCCGCCCCUACGACUGCCGCAUGUGGACCGCCCUCGCCACCUUAUACGAAUCCCUCCAUCGCUUACCCGAUGCGAUCCUCGCACACACGCGCGCAUUGUUGGGGGCGGAUAAAGUGCAGACGAUGACGAUAUUGUUGAAAUUGGCAGGGCUGAGUGAGGGGAUGGGCGAGUGGGAGAAGAGUGUGGGGUAUCAUAAGAAGAUCAUUGCGCUUGGGGAGAAGGAAGGGAUGGGCGGGCCGGCAGAGAUGGCGGGGAGUUAUGUGGGGGUGGCAGAGUGGGAGAUGAGGAUUGUGAUGGAGCUGCUGGAGAAGGAGAGGGAUAAUGCGAAUGGGGAAGAGCUGGAGCGGCUGAAGUUGGAGGUGAGGGAUGCGGAUCUGGCCAUUGCAGCGCAGUAUAUAGAACGGGUGGCACAGACGAAUGCGCCCCAGAGAGACAGGGCAGAGAAUCUGCUGAGGGCCUUGAGAGGCUAUGAGAUGAGAAACGUUGUCGGCUAG